AUGCCAAGCAGAAGCGGCGCUAGGGAGGUGGAGUUGGAGGUAAUGGAAGCGGAGAUGGAAGCAGUGCAGAAGGAGGUAACAAAAGACCUGCAUUACCUGCCUGGCCAGCACCCCGGCUUCGGGCCCGUCUUCCCAAUGUUCGGAGCGGCCCCGUGGCUCGACCCCGCCUACCUGGCGGCCUACCCGUGGCACGAGUACCUCCGGCGGCCGGACCUCUGCAAGCUGCCCGCCGCCACCUGCUCCGUGCUCAAG